GCCAAAAUUCGUUCCGACUCCAGCGUGAGCACAGAAGUCGUCUGGACUGAUGAACGUUGAAAUUUCCAAGGGCACAGAGUGACCAAUAAGAUCUGAGUUGGUCUGCAAUAAGGGACUUCCUCUCCUCCUCCGCUGGGGCCAUGGAGGCCGAGCAGGCUGGAGCAGCUGGGCCGGGCGAUGGAGGCCUACGCGCUGGAGCACCACGGCGCUGACCUUCUGCGCGUGCUGGGCGCUCCCGCCGGCGCCGCGCACCACUACCCCGUGCUGCUCGACGUCAUGGCGCUGCUGGAGAGCGACAUGGCGCUGGGCGAGAGCGUGCUGGCGCUGCCCUCGCUGCUGCUGCCCGCGUGCGACGAGGCGCUGGCGCGCGCGCAGGCGGCGCUGCUGGCGCGCCGGGCGGGGGUCGCCGACGGUGACGCCGCGCUCUCCGUCAAGCCCAACGUGCACGCCAGGUUCACCGGUCUCCCGCAGUGCCCCGAGCUGAGCCGCGAGCGCCUGCCGCUGGCGUCGGACGCGGGCCGCCUGCUGCGCGUCUCGGGCACCGUGAUCCGCACCGGCUCCACGCGGCUGCUGGAGCACGAGCGGACCUUCGCGUGCCUCGCUUGCGGACGCCGAUUCCCGGUGCGCGCCGAGCUGGAGACCUUCCACGGCCUGUCGGCCCCCGCCGCCUGCCCCGGCGCGCCCGCCUGCCGCUCCACCAGGUUCACCGGCGUCGGCGGAGAAGGGGGCCAGCCGGGCGUCUGCCGCGACUACCAGGAGAUCAAGAUACAGGAGCAGGUCCAGAAGCUGGCCAUGGGCACCAUCCCCCGCUCCAUGGUGGUGGUGCUGGAGGAUGAUUUGGUGGACACGUGUAAAUCCGGAGACGACGUCACGGUGUGCGGCGUGGUGACCCAGCGCUGGCGCCCGCUGGUCCCCGGCUCUCGCUGCGACCUGGAGCUGGUGCUCCGAGCGAACCAUCUGGAGGUGGCAAACGAUGGCGCGGGGCUCGGGGUGGAGCUGGGCGAGGAGGAGCGCCGCGCGGUGCAGGAGUUCUGGGAGGGGUUCGCCCACAACCCGCUGGCAGGCCGAAAUGUGAUCCUGGCCAGCCUGUGCCCGCAGGUGUUCGGCAUGUACGUGGUGAAGCUGGCGGUCGCCCUGGUGCUUGCCGGCGGGGUCGCACGCGUAGAUCCGUCGGGCACCCGCGUGAGAGGUGAGCCCCACCUGCUGCUCGUGGGAGACCCCGGCACCGGCAAGUCGCAGCUGCUGAAGUACGCGGCCAAGAUCACGCCACGCUCCGUGCUCACCACCGGCAUCGGCUCCACCAGCGCCGGCUUGACGGUGGCGGCCGUGCGCGACGGCGGCGACUGGGGCCUCGAGGCCGGUGCGCUGGUGCUGGCCGACGGGGGCCUCUGCUGCAUCGACGAGUUCAGCAGCAUCCGCGAGCACGACCGGGCCAGCGUGCACGAGGCCAUGGAGCAGCAGAGCAUCAGCGUCGCCAAGGCCGGGCUGGUGUGCAAGCUGAGCACGCGGACCACGGUGCUGGCGGCGACCAACCCCAAGGGGCGCGUGGAGGCGGGCGAGCCGCUGAGCGCGAGCGUGGCGCUGGCCAGCCCGCUGCUCAGCCGCUUCGACCUCGUGCUCGUGCUGCUGGACGCGCGCAACGAGGACUGGGACCGCAUCGUCUCCUCCUUCAUCCUGCAGAACCGCGGCGCCCCCCCGUGCGACGCAGAGGGCAUCUGGCCCAUGGAGCGCAUGCGCUGCUACUUCCGGCUGGCGCGCUCCCUCGAGCCGCAGCUCUCGGACGACGCGAACCGCGUGCUGGCGGCCUACUACCGGCUGCAGCGCGCCAGCGACACGCGCAGCGCCGCCCGCACCACCGUCCGCCUCCUGGAGAGCCUCGUGCGCCUCGCCGAGGCGCACGCGCGUCUCAUGCUACGCAGCGUGGUGACGGUGGAGGACGCGGUGACGGUGGUGUCGGUGAUGGAGACCUCCAUGCAGGGCGGUGCUCUCACGGGCGCCGCCGGCGUGAACGCGCUGCACACCUGCUUCCCCGACGAGCCCGAGCAGCAGUACCAGGCGCAGUGCGACGUGCUGCUCGCCCGACUCGGCCUGCACGACCUGCUGCGGCAGGAGACCGAGCGGCUGCACCGCCUCAAGAGCUCGCAGGGCGGGGAGGACGUCCCCUCGGCCGACGGAGAGGAGACUUCUCCGUCGACCGCCGCGGACGACGGAGCGCCGACCGCCGGGGACCCGUCCGCCUCCCCGCCGGACGGCAUCCCUCCGACCUCCGACUUCAGCGGCCAGCCCUUGACCUCCACCCCCUUGGAGGGUCCCGACUCGCCGGCCCCCGCCUCGCCCGCGGCGGCGGCACCCGCCCCUCGCGAGCGCGGGCCCAAGACGCCGAGGCCUCCGAGCACGCGGACGGACGGCGGGCGCGGGGGGCGGGCGGCGAAGGCCAGAGGGGCCGGCGGCGCCGGCAGGCGCGUCGGUGCCGCGGGCGACGCAGGGACGUCGGGGGAGGUGCCCGGCAGGUUGGCGCGCUUCGCCUUCCCCAGCAAGCCGCGGCUCGGCUGCUCGCCGGCGAAGGGCGGAGACGCGCGGAGCGACGGCGACGAUCGACGGAACGAGACGCGGGGCCACGGCGGGCCGCUCGCGAGUCACGAGACCGAUCGACGUGAACGCGGCGAGGAUCGGGGACACGCCGAGGCUGGCAGACGCGACGAUGCCGAUGGACAUGGCGAGGUCGGCCGGCUUGGACUUAAUCUACGUGAUGGACAGGGACACGGUGAUGCUGAUAGACACAAUAAUGCUGAUAGACGCGACGAGGAUGACACGCACAACAAUCCUCGCGCGCACGGGCACGGCAAGCCCGCUGCUGCUGCUGCUGCUGCCGCUGCCGCUGCUGCCGCUGCUGCUGCUGCUGAUGAUCACAAAGCGGCCCGAGGACAUCGACAAUCCAGCGGACGAGGACCCGGCGACGCUCACGGGAGCGACUGGGACACCGCCGUGGCGGACUCCUCGUCGUCGCCGCCCCACCACUUGUCGGCCCUCUCCUCCGGUACCGCCCAGAGUGGCGAGCCCCGGAAAUUGGUGUCACCGCAGGGGUCACCGCCUCUAACCGGGGCCCCUCCGAGUCACAGCGCCAAGCGCCUGCGAGGGCCCAGCGACGAUCGGGGACUCGGGGGGCGGGGAGGCCCGGAGGGACCCGGGGAGCCCAACGCCGGCGCCAGCAAACGAUCAAAGCUGCUGCUCUUACAGCGCAUCAAUGGUUGUGGCGGCGGGGGCAUUGACGCUGGCGCUGGCGGUGUGAAUGGUGGUGGUGCUGGUGGUGCUAGUGGUGCUAGAGUUAAUGGUUUCGGUUGUAGUGCUACGAGAGGUGAUGGUGGUGCUGGCGCCGGUAACGACGGAGGUGAUGGUGUUGGUGGUGGUAGCGGUGGUGGUAGCGGUGGUGGAAGUGGCGGUGAUCGUGUCGGUGUGAGCCGCAAGCCGGUGGUGCGGCGGUCUACCGAAGUUGACCCAUCGGUGCGGCCCCGCGUAUCCUCCAGCACCCUUGCUCGCCUCGCCGCCUUCUCCAGCGGCUCCCGGUAGCGCAGGGAGGCCACCACCACCAGCAUCACCACCACCACCACCAGCAUCGCCACCACCACCACCAGCAUCGCCACCACCACCACCAGCGUCGCCACCACCACCACCAGCAUCGCCACCACCACCACCAGCGUCGCCACCACCACCACCAGCAUCGCCACCACCACCAGCGUCGCCCGAAUCCACCAGCAGCAGCACCACACGGCGGCCUCCACAGGGCCCGCUCUGCCAGAGGGAGACGGCGGCGCGGGCCGCUUGGACACCGCUGGAGGAGGCCCCGGGCGAUGCUCCACGCGCGAGCGUCACGAAAACCUGGGAGUCGUUUGGCUCUCGGCUCGGCGAGUAUCGUUUUUGGAGAUGUACUUGGAUGCAUACGCGUAGUUUUUUCGGUAAAGUCACGGAGGUAAAAAAAAAUGAAAUUAAAAUUAAUAAGAAUAAAUAAUAAUAAGUAUAACCCGUAAAAACAAAGUUUUUCACUAUAAAUCCGUUAUAUGCGUGGCGGCUAGAGUCCUCUCGUCCUCUGGCUUGAGAUGGCUGCCACCUAUGGGUCAGAUGAUUGCAUGGCACCAUUAAGCAAUUGGUAAUUAAAUAUAAUAUUUUUGUCCUAAAAAGUGUAAAAUUUUGGAAAAAAAAUUUCACGAACAUUAAUUGUCACGCACACCGAGUCUGUGUGCAAAAUGUCAGCUCGAUUGGAUCACGGGAAGUGGGUUAAAAAACGACCGAAAGAUUUGCACGGUCGUAAGCAAGCAAGCGAACUUAAUAUAAAGGAUUUAAAAAUCACGACGUUUCGGAGGCAACACCAGUCUCCGUCAUCAGGUGGGACCGUCACAGCCAGAUUUGCUGUAUCAAGUGAGGCUUAUUAUUUAUUCUUAUACAUUUCUUAUUAAUUUCUUAUUAAUUUUAAUUUCAUUCUUUUUUUACACCCACGUGACUUCACCGAAAAAACUAAGAGUUUGAAUCCUUGCAGUCACGAAAGCUUCAAAUCUAGAAGUACUUGGAUACAUUUCGGUGUUUUCUUUCUCCGGUUGGGCUAUGGCCGGUGCGUCGCCCGGCGCUGUGCUAAGGGCCGCGUGCUGCAGCACUGCCACGGAAUGAGACGUUGCAGACGCUCGUUUGGGCACAAACUCGCUUUGGGCCAGAGGUCGCAACCGGGUACCCGAUACCCGUACCCUACCCGAUACCCGGCUAUCCGUACCCAGCCGGGUACAGGUGUAUGGGUAGCCGUUUGCGACCCUGGUGCGGCCGGGUACGGGUAGGCCGUGAGUCACUGGUGAGUCACCGUUUGUCACUCAUUUCCCAACGUCUUGUCUCUUCUCACGAUUCAAGUUCCUAGAAUCAACCCACCCGCGCCUGCAACAUGGCUUCAUCCCAGAGGUCGCAAUCGGGUACCAGUACCCUACCUGAUACCUGGCCGGGUACGGGUAGCCGGGUAUCGGGUAGGGUACGGGUACCCGUUUUCGACCCUGGUGCGGCCGGGUACGGGUAAGGAAUCAAAACCCGAUUUAAAGCUUUUGUGACUGCAGGGAUUCAUCUUCUUGGUUCUUUCGGUAAAGUGACGUAGAAUUGAAAUAAUAAAAUAAUAAAAAUAAAACAUAAUAAAAGAAUAUAAUAGAAAUGUUCUUAUUUUAUUAUUUCAAUUCUACGUGACUUUACCGAAAGAACCAAGAAGAUGAAUCAAAACCCGUUUGCGACCUCUGCUUUGGGCGCCGCGGUGGCGAGAUGUUGACUACCUCGCCUGGUAGAGAUGAGGGCGUGGGGUCAAUCCCGACCCUGGUGCCCUGCAUAUUUUGGGGAAUUUUUCUCCGGGUCCUCCGAUUUUUCCGUCCACGUUUUGAAUCAUCAACACGCGUUCAGAGUAUUUGCACACGAUAAGCCACUUCGGUAGAACUAUCAUUGGUCAGGUCGAUUCUGAAGAAAGAGCUGUAGAGCUCGCCCGGUAAAAUAAGAAAGAGUUUAGUUUGAUAUUUGACGGUCCAAGCCGACAUUGGCUAGCCGUGACGCGAUGGCGUUUUUUGGGUGAUGACGCUUUGAGAGUAAGGGGAUUGUUGUGUUGUCAUGCGGCCUUUUGUGUUGCUUUACGUUCAAUUGGCAGCCCUUCCUCUGUAAAACAAUCGCAUUUAUAUAUUUGAAACAAUCAUCUGCUGCUGCUGCUGGGUUAGCGGCCAUGCACAAUGUCGUUUCUUUGAAGGCCGCUGUGUUAUUGACGGACUUGUUUGGGUUUUUGUGUUUAAUAUAU